AUGAAAGCCUUCAUCGCAGUGUUGUGCCUCGUGGCUUGUGCGGCGGGCGGUAGCGUGCGCGAGAAGCGCGGCUUCCUCGGCGGGCUGUACUCCGGCGGUGGAUACUCCGGCUACGGCGGCAUCCCUGCCUUAGGCGGCAUCUCUGGCGGCUACGCCGCGCCCGCAGCUCAAGUGGUCUCCGUCAACAAGGUCGUCAACGUGCCCAAGGUUGUGAGUGUCCCACAAGUAGUAAGGGUCAACAAGGUCGUCACCGUGCCACAAGUUGUGUCCGUUAACAAUGUAGUGGCUGCCCCCAGCUACUCUGUUUACAGCAACGGUGGCGUAUAUGGAGGCGGCUACGGCGGCGUAUACGGUGGUGGGUUCGGAAGUGGGUACGGCUACUCCGCCGGUGGUUACUCCAGUGGAUGGUGGUGA